AUGUUAGCCUACAUGUUCGCCAUCGUGUCUGGCGCGGAGUGGAUUUUCCUGACCAACAGUCCGAUGCUUCCCCCCUCACGGGUCUUGGACAGGUUUAUCAUGGGUGAAUUUCCCACUGGACUCGUGUACAAUGAAGAGGUGGACGGGCUCCGUGAAACUUCAGUGGACGCUGGCGCCACCACACGAGCCGCCAUUGGACAGGCGGAGUUCGUCACGCCUGAAGCUCCCAGUUACAAAAUGUUAGCCUACAUGUUCGCCAUCGUGUCUGGCGCGGAGUGGAUUUUCCUGACCAACAGUCCGAUGCUUCCCCCCUCACGGGUCUUGGACAGGUUUAUCAUGGGUGAAUUUCCCACUGGACUCGUGUACAAUGAAGAGGACAUCCUGGACCCCUGCGAGCACUUCACAGACGGCUAUUGGCGUGCCGGCCAGCUGUCAUCUCGCCACAUUCGGCGCUACACAGUCAGGGGCGUGUCACAGAAGGCUGUCAUGGCGGCCGUCUCCCACUGUUACCAAGGGAAAAUGACGUCAGUACAGCAUCAAGCCGCUCUAGACACCCGUGCUCCCCCGCCCUUUGUCCAAGCCGGCAACUUCGCAGCUUCCGAUCUCCGCAAUGUUCUGCUACCCAGAGACGCUUUCUGGCUGCUAGCUGGCAGCUUAGUGACAGACGACAGCGAGAUGGGUGUGGCAGCUGUCAACGUUUUCCUGCAACGUCUUCUCUGGGAAACGAACAUAGAUCUUGGAUUUUUUCUCGACUCUCACGGAAAUGACUUUUCCCCUCGUGAGAAAAAAGAAUGCGUGACUUGCAGAGUAAAGAGAAUCACGAUUAAGAAGUUGGAAUCUGUUUCAUUUCGUCUGGCUAACUGGCAAUGCGAUCGUAUUAACACUUUCUCGCGAUGUGUUCAAGAGCUGAUGGUUUCCUUUUAUGCGCAUCUUCGCAAUUUUCGGAUAAUCGAAACGCUGGAUAGCUUUUUCAAAAUGUUGAACUCUCUAAACUAUGACUAUCCAACUCGCUUCGCUUAUGACUUCGCUAAGAAAUUGUCUAGCAUGAAUGGAACCAAGGUACGCUACGCUGCCAGCAAAACAUCGAUACUUGGACGCUCUCAACAAGCCGCCGCUGCCAAACAAGCGCAGGAGACUGACGUAUUCCAUCCUUUCUGCAAGAUCAGUAACGUUUCUUACUCUGGAGUCAACCCCACGAAGCAUAAAAUUGAAAACAUCUUGCUUAUCAUUGUCUUCAACUGGGCAGACUACGUGAAAGAUAUCCCGUUCAUACAACGAGCGUACGGACGCCACUUCCGCUACAUUGCGUACUGCAGUGAGGUUAUCAAUGACUUCAGUCGGUUCUACAACGAGACGGCGAACCCCAUCACUUACAUAGAGAUCAACCAUUUCAGAGGUCACAGAGGAUACGACUGUAUGGCUAUCGCCAUGCGCAUGGGUUAUGACGUUGAUGGCUACUUGCAGAUGAGCGAUGACGUCAUACUUAACGUCUGGAACCUACCGAAAAUGCCCGUCGACAAGGUCUGGUUCCAAGGUCUACGUAUCGGUGACGUCAGGGCUCCUUUCGUCCCCGACAUAGACAAACGAGACUCUUGGAUACCCUGGAACUUCGACGUCGGGCAGCCGAUUGCAGGUUUUGUCUUGCGCGGACUGGAGUCUUUAGUGUCACACCCUGUUGUCGGAACGAAAGACAGCCCAGACUGA